AUGAGCCAAUAUAGUAACGUUAAGUACACAACAUCUCCAACGCCAUCCGUGGUGUCUGGCUAUUCGAGUGCAUCCCGGCUACAUUCGCCGCUGCCCCCGCCAGUUGGAUAUCGCAAAGAUUGCCUCUCGGCGACAUCAAAAAGCUACAAAUAUCUGCGGCGUUUGCUCAAAUUCAAUCAAAUGGACUUUGAAUUUGCAUUUUGGCAGAUGAUAUACUUGUUUAUAGCGCCUCAAAAGGUCUAUAGAAACUUCAACUACAGGAAGCAAACCAAAUCUCAAUUCGCCCGCGAUGAUCCUGCAUUUCUGGUGCUGUUGGUUAUUUGUCUCUGUGUAACCUCCUUGGGCUUUGCAUAUGUACUUGGCCUGUCCAUUUGGCAAAGUAUCUCUUUUAUAUUCUACGUGGUUUUCGUUGAUUGCAUAUUUGUUGGCAUCAUAAUUGCGUCAUUCUUCUGGUUGGUUACAAAUCGCUUCUUGCGCACCAAUAAUCUGGAGCCAGACAUUGAAUGGGGAUACGCGUUCGAUGUCCAUCUAAAUGCCUUCUUUCCACCCCUAAUGCUGUUGCACUUCAUUCAGUUGUUCUUCUACAAUUGGCUGAUCAGUCAGACAUGGUUCAUAUCACGAUUCCUGGGCAACUCAUUUUGGCUAAUGGGUAUGAGCUACUACGUUUACAUCACUUUCCUGGGCUACAACUGUAUUCCACAUUUAAAGAAUACGCGCCUCAUACUCAUCGCAUUGCCCAUUAUCUUUCUCCUUUAUAUUGUAGUCACAAUCAUUGGCUGGAACGCAACCAUUUCGUUUGUAAAUUUUUACAAAUAUCGCGUGUAUUGAUCGACUUAGCAACGUGGGUUGUAAAUUAUUUUGCUUUUUAGCUUCUAGGCGCUCCCCUACGAUAAUGACUAACUAAUACUAACUACUGUAGCAUAA